GUUAUACUGUGCAGUGAACAUUUUGUACGUAUUAAAUAGAUGUUGUUAUAUUUCUCUUAAAAAGACUGAACUAAACUUCAAUCUGGUUGUUGUUGGUGGGUACAGAAAUCUAAGCCUAAUGAUGUCAUUAACUGGACAAAUAGGAGCAAAGAUCUCUGCAUAUCCAGAUGCCACAAGAGGUGUUAUAUCCUCUAUACGUGGAAUAGAAUAACAACAUGUUUACAUUUUUUUUUACUUACAGUGGGCAACCACCAUCUUGGACAUCGAGCGCUCGUUCCCAGUUUGCCUCCGUAAAUCCUUUCGAGCAGGCGAGAUGGUGACUGUGGGGAAGAACUGGGAUGACACGCCCGACCGACGCUGGUGCUUCAGAGUGGAUGAGGUUAACUGGUGUCACUGGAAUCAAAACCUGGCAAUAAUCAACGAGGAUCCAGGCAAGAGUGAGACCAGUGUGCUGCAGCAGGGUGUUGGAGUCUUGAGGAGAGACCGCUGGUCCACAGUUGUCCCACGGGUGGUGGAGCUGAGUAAGGGGCGUGAGGCUUUGAUAGAGAUGGAGCCCCUGACACGCAGGCGCUAAUGCCUGCAGAGUACAAGUGCUGUCCUUCUUGUUAAGAGGCCGCAGAGAGCCGUCAGCGUCAGUGACAUGACUCUGCUGGAGACAAUUUGGCCGAUCAGUGCACUAAUUUGCACAAAUACCACAUGUCCUUUUUCUCACCCGGAAGUAUAAUACAUUUUACAAUCAAGGGGUGUGAAGGCACAGAGGACUAAGAGCGUGCAGAUAUACCUCCGACGCGAUUGGUGCUGUGUGGAGAAACACAGAACGUUGAUGUUGAAAAUCCCAGACAAAGUGGCAUUAAGGACACGAUGAGCUGUCAUGAAAAUGUAGGCUACUGAAUCUCCACAUAUCAUCACCAUCAUCAUCAUCAUCAGAAGCUGAUCACUCAGGGAUUUAAAAGUCAAAAUAUAUUCCAUUCCAUUUCUAGUUUGAAUAUAAUGAAAAGGUCGAAACACAAACACAGAACUGUUACCCUCUUAAAGACUCGCUUUAUUUCACUAUCAGUUUUUUUUUGCAGUUGUGACAAAUAUAGCAUAUGCACUGCAUCAGCAGUGUGAACAACACUUGUGAAUAAAGGGCCAUUUAUAGAAUUGUUUUGUUUUUUUCCCAGAGAAAACAUUGCAAUAAAUCUAGAUUUAUAGAGCUCAGCUUUAGUUGCUUGUUUAUAUUUAAGAUUGAGGUCAGUAUAUAAUGUGUGCGUGAAUAUUAAAGCUGAUUUGAAUGCUUUCAGUUUUCCAGGCUCAGUGUAUGGAAACAGAAUCGUUAAUUCGAAAUAUUUUCCUCUUUUGUUUUCUAUGUUUUAUUAGAUAGUUAAAAAAAAAGAGUCUCAGGCUUAGACGGUCGGCUCAGGCAGCGCCGCGUUCAUUCGAACGGAAACAAUGCACUGUGCCAAUUUCUGAUGUGUGCAUUAUUACAUGAAUACAAAGACAUUGUUUUGAACAAGAUGGGCAUGAUGAGCAGGUUGUAGUUGUCAAGCAAAUGUGCAAAUAUGAGACAAUAGCCUUGUGUGCUAUGGCUUGUCUUUGAAUUUCCACCGUUAUUGUUCUUUUGCAGCUGGGGUAUUUGCAUAAUCAUCUCUCUGGCCUUGCCAUUAUGUACAUUUGCUGCAAGGUUUUUGUUGCAAUUGGCUCAUUCCCCUAUAGAGCAUCUCCUUUCUUUGUGUCUCUACUGUAUAUGUGUGCAUGUGUUUGUGUUGUUGCACUACAUGACCGGGAUUGAUUAACAGCAAACAGACCGUUCAGUUUCCUUUUGAUUAACGCGAUACAGAUGAAGGUCACAGGUCGUUGUUCACCAUGUUUACAUUGCUUUUAUAAGAGAACAUGUCCAUGCAUUUUAUAUAUGGUGACUUGUAUAUUGCCGCACAGAACAAUAAACACUGAAUUCAUUUCUAUAUUCCCAAA